CUGAGCUGCGCAGCGUUAUAAUGUAAAAAUGUUUCCUAAAUGUUUACUCUUGUGCCUUCUCGUUUGUGUUUUUUAGGAAAAAACAUUAUAAAAAAUUUGGUGAUCCUGAGAAGUGCAGCGUCAUAAACAAAAAUGUUUAUAAAAUGUUUACUCUUGUGCCUUCUCUCUUGUGUUUUUAAUAAAAUAGAAUCCAAACUCGAUAAACUCAUCAGAGGUGGCUAUGUAUACAUCAACGAAACGAACAAUUUUUAUCAUCUCCGCAACGACGCAACCCCAUUUUCUUGGCUUCACGCUAAGGCGGCGUGUGAGCUGGAGGACGGAACUCUCUUUUUUCCUGAAAAUGAACACGAGACAGAAACUGUCAUAGCCCACUUCCAGGACACAUGGACGACUGAGAAAAUCUACGUCGGCAUAGUCAAGCCUACUGCAAUUCGAAACCAAAUCGACGCUGCAGAGAGCUUCAAAACUAUGGACGGUCGGGCAUUAGAAGACGUGUAUAGCAACAGUUGGGGACAAGACCAGCCGGACAACAAUGAGGGCAAUGAACACUGCGUGUGCAUGUUCAAGAACGCAUUACUCCACGACUACCCAUGUUUGAAACCAUUUGACGACGUCCACUUUAUUUGCAAGAAGACAGAAGUGGCUUCACUCAAAAAAGAUUGCAAACCUGGUAAGUUCUUCAUUAAUGACUACACAUAUUUGAAUGAAACACGCAGCUUCUACAAAUUUCACAACAAAGAUGGCGUAUUGUCUUGGCUUCACGCUAAAGCAGCGUGCGAAUUGGAAGGAGCCACUCUUUUCUUCCCGGAGACCAAAUACGAGGCAGAAGUAGUCAUAGCCCACUUCCGGAAUUCAUGGACAGCCGAGAAGAUCUACGUCGGCAUAGUCAAGCCUACUGCAAUCCGAAACCAAAUCGACGCCGCAGAGGGCUUCAAAACCAUGGACGGUCGCGCUUUGGAAGCCGUGUAUAACAACUGGUCACAAGGGCAGCCGGACAACAGGAGGGGGGCUGAACACUGCGUGUGUAUGUUCAAGGAUGGAUUACUCCACGACUACCCAUGUUUGAAAGCCUAUAACGACGUCCAAUUUAUUUGCAAACAGACAGUAACGCAAAACGCCAAACCUAACAAAUUCUUCAGAAAAGGUUACAAAUAUUUGAAAGCUACAGAAAGCUUUUAUAAAAUUCACACCAUACCCAGAAACUGGAACGAUGCAAGGACCACCUGUGAGCUGGAGGGGGCCACUCUCUUCUACCCCCAGGAUGAGGAAGAGGCCUAUGCUGUCAUAUCAUACUGGAAUUCUACUCAGUUAUCUUUUUGGAUACAUAUUGGGGUUUCCGCGCACAAUGUCAUAAACGUCUACGAAACUAUUGAUGGUCUACCAGUAGAAGAAGUGUACAACGAGUGGGCUCCUGCGGAGCCGAGUGGGGGCUCGGAAUCAUGCGUGAUACUGAGACGAGAUGGACUCAUCACUGAUGACGAGUGCGACUUGUCCUGGCCCUUUAUAUGCAAGAAGACGGAGGCGUCGCUACGCUGGAACGACCUGUGUGGUCUCCCAGACCCAGUGUACACAUAUCAUAAUGCAACAGACAGAUGCUACAAAUUACAUUUAACCCCAAAGAGCUGGAAGGACGCGUACACCACGUGCAGUGUAGAGGGGUCGAGGGUUGCAGUUAUCAAUUCGGAUGAAGAAGCUAAAAUAUUUGUUGAUAUGAUUAAAAGUUCAUCCAAUGAUCUCAUAGGGGACGCAGCUCACUUGGGUUUCAAGUACGACAAUGGAUGGAAAAUUUACCAAGGUACACAUUUAAGCAGCAGUGGCUACGUGAAAUGGGACGACGGCCAACCUGACCGCAGCGGCAACAAGACCUGCGGCUCCAUGUUGUACAACGGACUACUGAGCGCCGUCAACUGUAACGACAAAAGAAUUUUCAUCUGUGAGAAAUCAAUCGUUUCCUCUUCCAAAUAAAGCUGUCUUUUGAAGGACAACCAGGCAAAUUCGUUAACUGAGCUAACACGUCAUAUUUUUCUGUUCGUUUUC